UCUCCCAAAAGGUGAACCAUUGUCAAAUGAAAACCUGCGUAAGCAAUUAGAGACAAUGACAGAAAAUUACAAGAAAAGAUCAAGCCAACUUGUAGAUUUAGGCUCAACACAGAGCAAUGAAAAUUUCAACAAUAUAGUGGCAAGCAAGGCUCCAAAAAAUAGAUCAUAUGGUGGAACCAGCUCAUUAAAAGCAAGAGUUUCAGCUGCAGUUCUUCAGAAGAAUGAAGGUUAUACCUGGGUUAACAAGGUUAACAAGAAAGCAUUGUUGUCACCAGGCACAAUCUCUGUAAGAGUUGGACAGAGGAUUGACAGAAAGAGACUCUGGCAAAAGAAGAAUAGCUCCUCAGUUCUUUUCAAACGUGACAGAUUUAAAAGAAAGAAUAAGAAAACCUUUCAACAAAUUAAGGCAGCUGUUAUAGAAGGAGAAACAUAUCAACCACAAAUUGAAGAAAAUGUGUCGGUAAGAGACAUUGAAAAAAUUCCAACAAAAUAUUCUUUGGAAGGCAUAGACAAUUAUAUUGUUUUUGAUUUAGAAACAACUGGGUUAUCAAGAACCUCUGAUAUUACACAAAUAUCAGCAUAUGAUGGGACAAACAUGCUAAAUCUGUAUGUGUCUCCACGACAAUCUAUUUCAUCAAAGGCCAGUGAUGUUACCGGUAUUACUUUCUCUUUUGAAAGAAACCAAAUGUAUUGCCAUGGUGUUCCAGUUGAAAGUGUUUGUAUUAGAACAGCCUUACUUCAACUAAUUGAAAUGAUACAGAAAAAAUCUCGUCCUGUGCUUGUUGGUCAUAACAUCCAUUCAUAUGAUGUUCCUGUACUAAGAAAUUUGUUGCACGAGUUUAAUCUGCUGAGUUCUUUUGAUGACCUAAUUUAUGGAUGCAUUGACACUUUGAAAAUUGCAAAACGUGAAAUACCAAAAGCUGAUGUUCUAAAUUAUAAGCAGCAAACAUUAGUUCAAAAGUUUCUGGAGAUUGUUUAUGAUGCUCAUAAUUCUGAGGAGGAUGUUAGAAGUUUAUACAAACUGUUCCAUCUGAAGCUGAAACAGACAUGUUCUGGAAAGGAUUUAUUUCCAUUUAAUUAUUUGUCAAUUGUAGAGGGUUUUUCUAGUGUCAUUGUUAAAAAGAUUAUUUCUAAAGACACUGCAAGGAAACUGUCCUGCACAGGUCUCAACCUUCAUCACCUGGAACUUGCUUACAAAAGAAACAAUGACGAUGGCGUAAAAUCCAUCAUGCAGGAACAUGUUGAGGAACCAAAGUCAAAGAAAAGGAGGAGAGCACCAGAUAACAGCUGUAAUAGAAAAGCUGAUAAAAUAGAACUGAAGAUGACGAAGGAGAACUUACUAAGAUUAUAUAAAAUAAAAGCAAAUGUUGAGGAACCAAAGUCCAAGAAAAAGAGGAAAGUACCAGAUAACAGCUAUGAUGAUGAUGAAAUAGAAGAAGUUGACAAUGGAGGACUAACUGAGAUUGAUAAAUAA